AUAGUCCUAUUACUUUCUCUUUAAAAUUGUAAAAAAAAAUAUCCUCUCUCUUGUUCUUUCUCGCGUUCUGCUCUCUCGAUUUCAGGUGAUUGAUUUGAUUAGGGUUCGAGUUUUAGCUCAAUUCAUUGCUUCUGCGUCAAUUAUUAGGCUUCUAGAUUUCUGUUUUUUUUUCUCUAUAUGGUAAUCAUGAAGUGUAUGCUUUGCAACUAUCGAUUUUCGGUUGAUUAUUAGGCAGCCAAGAGAUGUCGGCAUACGACAAUGUUAUUGGUGGGAAGCUAAAGCUAAAAGGGAAGGCUUUGGAUGUGAAAGCAGGUGGAGUAAAGAAGAAGAAGAAACAUAAGAGACAGGAAGAACAAGCUCUUAAAAUUACUGAUCAUGAACUCAUAGAAGGAGAAAGCACUGAAGCAUUGGGUAAAUUGAUUGAAGGAGAAGAAGGAGAUGAAGAAAUGAACAGGAGUGAAAAGGCAAGCGAGGAUGCGAAGUUGCAGCAGCAGCUCGAUGAUGAUGAUCACUUAACGCCAGCAGAAAGGCGAUACAUAGAGCAGAAACAAAGAUUGGAUGUGCAGAAGCUAGCUAAGGAAGCGAACAAGUCUCACCGUAACAGGAUUGAGGAUUUCAAUCAGUAUCUGGCUAACAUGAGUGAGCACUACGAUAUCCCUAAAGUCGGACCUGGUUAAUAUAAUUCUUUCUUGUCUUUGUUUUACUCUGCUUAUCUAUUUUGCAUCGUUAAACGACUACUUUGGAUGUCUGUUAUGUUUAGUCCCUUUAACUUUUGAAUGAUGUGAUCGCAAAUCUGUAAUGUCAAAAACACAUUUUCUUGGAAUAUUUCUUCUGCAUUUCUCAACUUCUUUAAAAAAAUUGUGAGAAUAUUUAACCUU